GCAAAGUUUGUUUGAAUAAAAAAAAAAAAAAAAAAAAAAGGCUUAAAAAAAAAAAAAGGGGGAAGAGCAGGAGAAGGGGGAGGGAAAAAAAAAAAAAAAAGAUCCUAGAAAUCCAAAAAGGCUCAUCUGGGAAGGAGAGAGAGGAGACCGAGAGGAAGCGGGAUGCAACUCAACCUGACGCUGAUCUGCUUCGUCUUCGGGGGGUUCCUGCCCGACGCCGCGGCCCGGCGGGAGCAGAUGGACACGGGGCAGUGCGACCUGCCCCGCUCGCAAGGAGAGCUCAACUCUUUCCUCUGGACCAUUCGCCGUGACCCCCCCGCCUAUCUCUUCGGCACUAUCCACGUGCCCUACACGCGAGUUUGGGACUUCAUCCCUGACAACUCCAAGGCCGCCUUCCACGCCAGCUCCAGCGUCUACUUCGAGCUGGACCUCACGGACCCUUACACCAUCUCGGGGCUGGCCAGCUGCCAGAUGCUGCCCCACGGGGAGAACCUGCAGGACGUGCUGCCCCGGGAGUUGUACCGCCGCCUAAAACGCCACCUGGACUACAUCAAGCUGAUGCUGCCCCACUGGAUGACCCCGGACCAGCGAGGCAAAGGGCUCUAUGCCGACUACCUCUUCAACGCCAUCGCCGGGAACUGGGAGCGCAAGAGGCCCGUCUGGGUGAUGCUUAUGGUAAACUCCUUGACGGAGACGGACAUCCGCUCCAGAGGGGUGCCGGUGCUCGAUCUCUACCUCGCCCAAGAGGCCGAGAGGAUGAAGAAGAAGACGGGUGCGGUGGAACGGGUGGAGGAGCAGUGUCACCCACUGAACGGGCUCAACUUCUCCCAGGUGCUGUUUGCUCUAAACCAAACUCUGCUCCAACACGAAAGCCUUCGAGCAGGGAGUUUGCAGGCCCCUUACACCACUGAGGAUCUCAUCAAGCACUACAACUGUGGAGACCUGAAUGCUGUGAUAUUCAACCAUGACACUUCUCAGGUCCCAAACUUCAUCAACACAACACUCCCACCCCACGAGCAGGUGACGGCUCAGGAAAUAGACAGCUACUUCAGACAGGAGCUCAUCUACAAGAGGAAUGAGAGGAUGGGGAGAAGAGUGAUGUCACUUUUAAGGGAGAACAGAGACAAGAGCUUCUUCUUUGCCUUUGGAGCAGGUCACUUCCUGGGUAACAACACUGUGAUUGAUGUACUGAGACAAGCAGGAUUUGAAGUGGAGCACACCCCUCCUGGACAACCAAUUGGAAAUUCAAGGACGACAAAGACAAGCCCAGCCUUGGAGGGACCCUCAGUGACAGCCCUGCCCUCUGUCCAGCAGAUCCCACUGGCAUCUCCUUCCCUGAAGCCGCAGCAGAUGGAUGAAGAAGACAGCCUGUCUCCUCACCUCUUGUUGCCUGACAGCAUCAGCCAGCUGGAGGAGUUUGGCAGGCAGAAGAAAUGGCACAAGAAGCAGCACAAACACCAUCGCCAGAGGCAGUUCAACGACCUCUGGGUUCGGAUAGAAGACAGCACCACCACGUUGCCUUCCUAUAUCAGGAUAACCAAUGGCUACAUCACAGUCAAACCUCCCAUCUGGAUUUCCAACCAGCUGGAUCAGAGGCCGCGUCCCGACCACCCAUCCCAGCCCCAGCUCACAAGCUCAGCCCCAGCCAGCCUCUCAUGGCCAUCAAUAACAUUUCCUCUCUGCAUGGCCAUAGCUUCUUUUCUCCUGAACCUACUGCAGCCCUCCUGACCACAUUAGUAUCACGUGCAAUCCCUUGGAAUAGAGAAGAGAGAUAAUUUAUGAACGAAUUGGAGUUUAAGACAACAACAGUUACAAGCUGGACCUUCUCAGUGACUCAGUAGUGCCUUCUAGCUGAUUUUGUCUCUUUGCCCAGAUACAUUUUGAAACUCUAAAGCUUUAUUGUAACACUGACUUACAUCUUCUUUUUGUAGAAGGAUCUUUAUUUCCCAUAGUGCUAUGGGGUUUUGUAAAAUAUACAUGUUCAUAUAAAGAAAAAAAAAGAAAAAGAAAAAAUGUAUUUAUUCGACUGGUAAACUUAUUUUUCUUGUUGUAUAUGUUAAUAACAUCCCUAUUAAUCAGUAGCGAUGGUGAAACAGAUAAAUUAAUAUUUUCUAUAUUUGUUUUCUGACAAUUCUGCAGAUGUCUGAACUGACACCAAAUGAAUGCCUUCUUUGUUACUUUAACCAUUUUGUUUUACAGCAACUGUCCAAUAAGUACAUUUCUGCUGAACAUCUUUAUUUUACUUCUUUUAUCUCAUUAGCAUAGCUUACACUGAAUAAAGCAGAUCCUGCUCUCUGGGGCCUGUGCUCAUUACAAAAAUAGGUACAUUCUUAACCCAUUAGCUGCCACAGCCUAAAAUACCAGUUAUUUUUACAUGACUAAGUAAGUCAUUAGUCAGGAUAAUCCUCUGCAUUCCCCCUGUUUUCUUUAACUAAGCUAUUUAACUUCUUUGGAAAUUACCAAUUUCUCUCUUUACCCUGGGAUUAAUUUAUCAUCUAGUGCAAAUUAAGACACUUUUUUCUUAAUAAAAAAUUGCUUUUAAAGUCUGGAAUAAUCCUACUUGGAAUGAUUUUCUUCUCUCCCUCAUUUUAUAAACAUAAGCCUACAACCUUUUGCAGCAUAAAUGAGAAGAGAGCUUGGUCUGUCUAUAGAUUAUAAAGAUGUAGUGCCCUGUUAAUCUAUAGAACUCCUUUGUACCAGUUGUAUUAAUGCCCGUGGACAAUCUGGAGGCAAAAAACAUGUACAAAUUCCUCUUUCUCUUGCUACCAUGACCUGAUAGAGCUGAUAUCUCUGUGCUGAAAUACUUAUGUCUUGUCCAAAACCUGCUCAACACCACAGGAAUCAAACUAGCCCCUGUGUUAUGGAGACAUACAGAACAUUCUUCCAUUUUUAGACUAGGGUACCUGACUUAGAUGGAAAAGUUAUGACACCUUACACUCACUGAAAAAUGUGCUCCCUACCCAAGCAGUUCUUGUUCAGGAAUGAGAUUUACAACAUCUAUGGGGAAAAAAAAACCUGCACCAUCUUAAAAAUUACUAUGUUUAAAAAGGCAUGUAGAUGUUUUCUCACCACCAGAACAGGAUGAAAAAAUUUCUUUGGAUACAAGAGUUUAGAAAAUUAGUUUUGGUUGAAAUAGUGGGGUUUUUUUCUAAGUCAUUUACAAACCAAAAGUCAAAACUACGUGAUGAAAACAUCUUAUUUAAAAAAGAAGUCUCAAAAUUAGAAAAAUACAAUACAAGCUUUUCUUUAAGGAAAAGCAGUGCUUCUCCACCUUGGAAAAAAGAUAGUGAUGAUAAUUAUAAUAACAAUACUGAUAAAAUUCUGGCUGAAAACAACCCUGUAAGUUUCCCAUCAGCCCUACUGCCCGGUCUCCAGAGCUGCAGAUGAUUCCAUGCAACCUGCAAGACUCUGCAGUGAGUGAGAGUUCAGAAUUCACAGUUUGCUCUUUGUCGUACCAGUUAUUUCAGGAAAGUAGGAUGGAAAGUAACUAGACUACAAAAACCACGUGAUUUCAUGAUGAAAUACUGAGCAUUUCCCUCAUGCAUCCCAGCCCAUUGCCUUGCAAAGGCCAGGGACAAUACAGGUAACUCCUUUUAAAUUACUGGACACGGUGACCCCCAGCCUUUGCUCUGUUUUUGACAGCAGGUUGUGUAGGUUUAUGGUCAAUUGAAAUGGGUACAGCACAGAGUGCUGUAAGCUUCCCCACUUACUUUUUUUUUCUUCAAGUACAACGGUUGAUAAGGCUGAAUGGAAAACAUUGAGCUUUGCCCCAAAUGUGAGAUUCAAACAGACCCCAUGCAUACUUUCAUAUUGUGUAUUUUGGCUAGCAGAAGAUUAUAGAUGUAAGUUUUGGACAGAAGCCAUUCACCUUGCAUAAUAUUUAUUGCACAGAGAUGGAUAUUGGAAACAUAUUUUGAGAACUUUCAUUUUGGUUUUAUUUGAGCUAUUGCUCUAGAAAUGCCUGCAUUUGAAUAUAAUGGUUUAACAGACCUUCAAAUUCAACAUUAAUGCAUUUUAAAAAGAUUAUUGGUUCUCCUGAUGUGUUCAAGGCAGAGAUGAAAACUGAAUUAUAAUGUCUUAUUUACAAGAAUGUAACUGGAAAUAAGGUAGGCAAAUCUUAAGGGUGAUGAUAAGUUACAUAGUAAAAGUGAACAGCCAACAAACCAAAACCCAUUGAAUUUUAUUUGUUGUAACCGAAUCGUAUCCAGAAAUUAUUCUGUGGUACUAUCCCAGGAAUAAUUCCAGGUGUUGGAAAA